AUGGCUAACAACAAGCUUCCAACUGAUAUACCUGUUCAACUUUCGAGCAACCAAGUUCGCUCGGUUGCAAUUAUCGGAGGUGGUGCAUCGGGAUCAAUUGUGUUAGAUAGCCUUGUACAAGAAGAUCACAUCAAGUCAAUUACCCUUUUUGAGAGAAGACAAGAAUUUGGUGGGAUUUGGAAUUUUGAUCCGGAAGUAAAGAAAACUCCACAUGAUAUUAUUAAGCCGGGCUUUACUCAUGACAAAACUGAUCCUCAAUUACAAAACCCUUUCAAUUCUCAUUUAAGUGAUAAGAAAAGGUUUAUUUUCCAGAAGAGAUCUACACAAGAACGUUUUGAAGAAACGCCUUCCUACAAAGGGAUUAAGACCAAUGUAAUUCAAGAUGUGAUGACAUUUAGUGAUCUUGAUAAAUGGGAAGUUCCUGGAAUAACAGACCCAGAAAAAACCGUUUACGUUGAAGGACUUGUGGUUAGAGACUACAUUGACAAGUAUAUUCAAAGAAAUACUGGAAACGAAAAAGUUAGCGUAAUAAAGGGAACUUCCGUUGAAGACGUUGAACGUAUACAUAGGGAAGACGCACAAGAAGGUGAAAUUGAUUACCAAUUUAAACUUACAUUAAGGCAACCAGUCAAUGAAGAACAUGAAGUUUGGUGGCAAGAAGUAUAUGAUUCAGUUGUUGUUGCAACGGGUCACUACUUUGUUCCAUAUAUUCCAUUCGUAAAAGGAUUAGAAACAGUUCAAAAAUUGGCUCCAGAAAUUGUUCACCACGCCAAAUACUAUAGAGAUCGAGCACACUAUAAAGGAGAUUCCGUAGUUGUUGUGGGUUCAAGGGCUUCCGGAGCUGAUCUUUCCAAAUAUCUAGCAGAUAGCGCUAAUAAUGUUUACCAUUCCAUCAGAACGCUAGCUAACACUAGAGUGCGUACGAAGAAGAGUAAUGUAACUCAAAAGCCGCUAAUCAAGGAAUUUAAGAUUUUGAGCAAGGAAGGAGAAAAGCUAAACUUCAAGGUUAUUUUCGAAGAUGAUAGUGAAGUGUCAAAUCCUGACCAUAUCGUUUAUGCCACUGGCUAUCAAUUUUCGUUCCCCUUUUUAAAUAGAUUGUUGGCCGAAAAUGGAAGAGAUGUUACAAAGGAAGGUGCGCUUAUUCAAAACUUAUACCAACAUACAUUCCUUAUUGAUGAACCUUUGAUUUCAUUCGUUGGGAUGCCAAUAGAUGGCAUAUCAUUUAGAGUAUUUGAAUACCAAGCAGUUUUGGUAGCGAGAUAUCUUGCCGGAAAGAUAGCGUUACCAACAAGGGCUGACCAGAAAAAAUGGUACGCAGAUCGCCUCGAUUUUAAAGGUCUUACUCGUGGAUUUCAUACUCUUGGAUUAGAAGCUCCAGAAUACCUCAAAGGGUUAACUGAAUUAGGCUAUGUCGAUACAACCAAGGUAGCUGUAGGUCGACCAUUCCCUGUUCUUACUGAAGAGAACAUAAGAAGGGUGAAAGAAUUUGGUCAGAAAUUGGUUGAUAACUGGGAUGACCGUUAA